AUGUUUUCUAAUCCACUAACAACUGGAUCAAAGCGACCAAGUUUACCGGUUGAAACUCCAGUUUCCAGUUGGAAUGUAAUAGUGUAUCGAAAAACUGAACCUAUUCAUUCAUUUCAUUCGUAUGAUACAUCACAAGCACAAUAUUUUCAACAAGGCUAUGCAUCAUUUUAUAUUCAACUGCAACAAUCAGCUGAUCCAUCAUCAACUAAUUCAAGUGUACUCUAUUUACGAUAUCUAACACAAUCGCAAAGGAAUAGUGUUGAUACAUCUAUACUUCCAUUCACAAUAAGUCUAUUAGAUGACUUGAAAUUGUCACCAGAGACAUCACCAUCUUUAAGUGCAAUGGGAACACAAGCUUCAAGAUUUUAUAAUACUGAACAACAAAGUGUUCGUAUUAAUGAACAAUCUGAACAUCCAACUGCAUUUCUAUUUCGUGCUAAAGCAUUUCUUGGCAUACUAGUAUUGAACAAUGUAACAAAUAGCACCAAUGCCGCUGCUAUUAUUCGUGCCUAUAUGAUUUUUGUCACCGAAGAAACACCUAUUGGACGAUUGUUUGAUGCUAAUAUUAUUCGCAUUUUACAAAUUGCAGCUGUUCCUUUGCGUGACUGUCAAGAAGAUGAAACUUAUGUUUCUGGAAUAAAGAAAUUAUUUCAAGGAGGAUGCUUCUAUUAUUCGAAGUACAGCAAACCUGAAUCAAAUUAUAAUAAACAUUAUUUCGAUAAACCAUACGAUAUUACAUUAUGUGCUCAACGAAUGGAGCAAGGACAUGAUAGUGACAUACGUUUUUUUUGGAACCGUGGUUUAUCUUUACCACUACUAAAAUAUAAUAUUGAUAUUCGAUACUGGAUACCUAAAGUAAUGUGUGGAGGUAUUGAAAACUUUCGAAGCCAGCAUGAUGAUAUUGAUUUAUGGUUAAUAUCAAGAUUGAGUUGUGAACGAGCUGGUACACGAUUUAAUGUUCGUGGUGUUAACGAUGAUGGUGCAGUAGCAAAUUUUGUUGAAACAGAACAGAUCGUUCUUAUUCCUCAGCAACAUAGUUAUUCAUCUUUUAUUAUUAUUCGUGGUUCAAUACCAAUCUUUUGGCAUCAACCACGAUUUCAAGUUGCUACACACCGUAUCAAUAUAUCUCGAAGCGAAGCGCUUAGUUAUAAAGCUUUUUUCGAACAUUUCAAACAUCUCUAUUGCCAUUAUGGUCGUUUACUCGUAAUAAAUUUAGUUGAACGACGUGAUCAUGAAAAACGAAUUGGAAAUGAAUAUAAAAAUUUAUUUGAUUUACUUGUUAAAACAUCGAGGCAAACACAAAAUAGUCAACAAUCAUCCGUGAAUCAUUUAAAUGAACGAGAUUUCAUUUGGUUUGAUUAUCAUGAGCAAUCACGCACAAUUAAAAAUUUCACAGCCGAACAAUUCGUUCAAAAACUGUUUAUUGAAAAUGUAAAUUAUCCGAUUAAAGAGAGACUGCAUCAACAAGGGUUUUUUACUUGGAUGAAUGGUGCAAAAUAUAGCACACAAAAAGGAGUUUUUCGUAUGAACUGUAUCGAUUGUCUUGAUAGAACAAAUAAUGUACAAUUAACCAUCGGUUCCAAUGUUUUAUUCAUGCAAUUACAAGCUUUAAAGAAACAAUGUAAUUCGUAUUAUAUAUCAGAUGGAUUAAGAGGAAUGUGGGUUAAAAAUGGUGAUCAUAUUAGUAGAAUCUAUACUGGUACCGGUGCAUUGGGGCAAAGAAGUAAAGCAAAGGAUAUUCAGCGUAGUGUGGGUCGUGCAAUACAAAAUAAUUUACGUGAUGAUGACAAACAACAAUCAGUACAAACAUUAAUUUAUUCAUAUUCAAAAGAUUCUUAUUUACACGAACGUUCUGUUGCUGCUCUUUUUACUCCUUACGUUAUAUCUGAUGGUUUCAUCUUAAAUGAAUUGUUUAAAAUUCGUCGAAAUUAUACUCGAAAAGAAAAAUUUCGUAUAUCGAUUGGCACAUGGAAUAUAAAUGGAGAUAAAAAUCCAGCAUUAGGACAUCAAUAUCCAUCUAUUCUUGAUGCUUGGCUAUUUCAUGGACCAGACAAUAUGUCAACAAACUUAAGAAAACCUAAUGCAAUUCAAACUAAUGGAUAUCUUGCGAGCGAUUAUGAGAAAUCUAGUCCGGAUAUUGUAGCAAUUGGUUUUCAAGAAAUAUGCGAUUUAACAGCGUCGAAUAUAGUUUCAAAAAGUUCUUCUAAUGCUAAUCGUUGGGUUGAAAAUGUAGAAGAUUAUUUCAAAAAAAAUUAUCAAGAUACAGAAUAUAUUCUACUCGGUAUGGAUCAACUGGUUGGUGUAUGUUUAGCAAUAUUUAUUCGACGAGAUCUUGCACCAUACGUCAAAAACGUUGGCAUCGAUACAGUUAAAACUGGAAUGGGUGGUACAUUAGGGAAUAAAGGAUGUGUUGCUAUUCGUCUUGUGUUACACAAUACUUCUAUAUGUUUUAUAUGCGCUCAUUUUACAGCUGGGCAAAAUGAAUACAGCGAACGCAAUAAAGACUAUAAAUUGAUGAUGGAAAAACUGUCCUUUCAACCGCCAUCACGAGCAAUUUGGCAUGAUCAUAUAUUCUUUUUGGGUGACUUUAACUAUCGAUUAACAAUUCCACGUGCACAAGUUGAAUAUUUUGUUCGAAAUGGAUCUUAUAAAGAAUUACUCGAAUAUGAUCAAUUAAAAAAAGAACUCCAAGAAAAACGAGUUUUUCGUGAUUUUGAAGAAGGUGAAAUAAGAUUUCCUCCAACAUAUAAAUAUGAUAUCGGUUCUGAUGAAUAUGAUACAAGCGAAAAAGCCCGUACACCAUCAUACACGGAUCGUGUACUUUGGCGUACUACAUGUCCUAAUAUUCAAAUUAAACAGUUAUACUAUGGACGUGCUGAAGUUAAAACAUCUGAUCAUCGUCCUGUUAGUUCAAUAUUUGAUGCGGAUGUUGAAAUAUGUGACGAGAAAAGACUCUAUGAAGAAUAUGUUCAACUAUAUAGAAGACUUUCACCAUCGAAUGCGCUUAUUAGAUACGAUAUGGUUGCUAAUUCAAUUCAGACAAAGCAGCAAAUAAUUGAUGAAUUUGAUUUAUAUAUUAAAAAACGAUAUGGAUCAGAUAUAUCAAUUGUUGAUCGAUUUUUUGCUUCAAAUCAAAGAUAUCUUUCGUUAUAUAUGUUUUUUGAAAAUGGUGAACAUGUUCGAAGAGUUUUAGAGCCAAGAGAAGAUCAACUUCAAAGUGGAAUUUACUUCAAAAAAACCUUAAUCGAUUUAAAUGAAGACGUAGCAUUAGCAGAGAGAUUAAUCCUUUUUUUUACUGAUGUUAAUCAAACAAUGGAUCCAGAAACGAUUAACUAUGAUCUUGGUGCUUAUCAACAACCAGCUCGUGAAUCGCUUUCAACCAAUCAAGAUAUUCCUGUAACUAGUGCCGUUGCCGGUGACGAAUUGAUUUCGGCUAGUGGAAAUGAUACAGAUGAAAACUAUCGGGAAAAUAAUGUGGCUGAAUUGAUUUCAUUUGAUGCUGAUCAUCAAAGUUUAAGUAGUUCAUCAUCAAGCAAUAAUCUUCAAAGUCAAUCCAUCGAUCCAUUAUUUAAUGAAAGUUGCUUUGGUCCAUUUCAUUUUUCUUCUCAUCCAACAUCAAAUACUACGAGAACAAAUGGUGAUAAUCUUUUUUCAUUUGAUCAUCCCACGCCAUCAGCCGGAUCGAAUUUUUAUAUCGAUUCAUUUGACAUUGCUGAGCUGCCUUCUUCUCGUCAAGAUGAUUCAAAAUUAAAUUUAUUUUCUCAACCGUUGACAAAUUCAACAUAUUAUGAAACUGAUAAUCAUCGUAGUAAAUUUUAUUAUCAAGCUCCACCUCAAUUUAUACCUACUCGGCCGCCACCACCAGUGCCUACUAUUGCUUCUAAUGCACCUGCUCCCAUUCCUUCUCUUGAUGUUCAACGUCUAUUGACAUUAAAAAAUCUAAGUUUAAACCCAAAUAAUAAUACUAAUAAUAGCAAUGAGAAAAUAAAUGAUUUGGUUGAUUUAGGAGAUCCAGGCUCGCCACCUCCUAGUCCUAAGUUCGAUCCUUUUGGUUGA